UCCUCUUUGAUCAUUCAUUUUUUUCUUCAUAUUAUGGCUUACGAGCAUAUGGUUGAAGGAGUGGUAGCUUCCCUACUGGGGUUUGUUUUCUUGUACAAUGUUUUAGUAAGACGAUUAAUCAACAAGAAAAAAGCUUCUUCGUCUAUCGUGUGUGCAGUGGAAAAUUGUGUACAGAAAACGGGAAACGUGGAGGUUCCUGCUGGGAGUAGUACAGACAUUAUCAUAGUUGGCGCUGGAGUUGCUGGUUCUGCUCUUGCUUAUACACUUGGAAAGGACGGGCGCCGAGUGCGUGUGAUUGAGAGAGACUUAAAUGAGCCUGACAGAAUUGUUGGUGAACUUCUACAACCAGGAGGCUAUCUAAAGUUAAUUGAAUUGCGUCUUGAAGAUUGUGUAGAUGAGAUUGACGCUCAACGAGUUUUUGGUUAUGCUCUAUACAAGGAUGGAAAAAAUACCAGGCUGUCUUACCCCCUGGAAAAGUUUCACUCCGAUGUAGCAGGAAGAAGCUUUCAUAACGGACGUUUCAUUCAAAGGAUGAGGCAGAAAUCUGCUUCUCUUCCCAAUGUGAGUUUAGAACAAGGAACAGUAACAUCUCUGCUUGAAGAAAAUGGGACUAUCAAAGGAGUUCAGUACAAAACUAAGGGUGGUGAAGAGUUGAAAGCAUAUGCUCCCCUUACUAUUGUAUGUGAUGGUUGUUUCUCGAAUUUGCGACGCUCUCUUUGUGACCCUAAGGUUGAUGUCCUCUCUUGUUUUGUUGGUUUGGUUCUGGAGAACUGUAAGCUUCCACAUGCAAAUCAUGGACAUGUUAUAUUGGCAGACCCUUCACCUAUCUUGUUUUAUCCUAUUAGCAGCACUGAGAUUCGUUGCUUGGUUGAUGUACCUGGACAAAAAGUACCUUCUGUUUCUAAUGGUGAAAUGACCCAUUACUUGAAAACUGUGGUGGCUCCCCAGAUUCCUUCUGAACUGUACACUGCCUUUAUCUCCGCAAUCGAUAAGGGGAACAUAAGAACCAUGCCAAACAGAAGCAUGCCUGCAGCUCCACACCCAACUCCUGGUGCACUUUUGAUGGGUGAUGCAUUCAAUAUGAGACAUCCUUUAACAGGAGGGGGAAUGACUGUUGCACUAUCUGAUGUUGUUGUCCUAAGGGAUCUGCUAAGACCCUUGUCCGAUCUAUACGAUGCAUCUGCUCUUUGCAAAUAUCUUGAAUCCUUUUAUACCUUGCGGAAGCCAGUGGCAUCUACUAUAAACACAUUGGCUGAUGCCCUAUACAAGGUAUUUAGCGCCUCCCCUGAUCCUGCAAGGAAGGAAAUGCGCCAAGCAUGUUUCGACUACUUGAGCCUUGGAGGCAUAUUUUCAUAUGGACCAAUAUCCCUACUCUCCGGUCUAAACCCCCGCCCCAUAAGCCUGGUGCUUCAUUUUUUUGCCGUGGCAAUAUAUGGCGUUGGCCGCUUGUUACUUCCAUUUCCUUUACCCAAACGCAUUUGGACAGGGGCUCGAUUGAUUUCGGGUGCAUCAGGCAUCAUUUUCCCAAUUAUCAAGGCUGAAGGAGUUAGACAAAUGUUUUUCCCUGGAACUGUGCCAGCAUAUUACAGAGCUCCUCCGAUUGAGGAAACAACGAAAAUUCAGAACACGCCAAGUUUUUUUACUACUAAGCAAACUAAGUUGUAUCAGUAAUUUUCCUCCCUACCACAUUUUUUUAUUACUUUCUGCCUGGGAAACAAAGCAAGUGUACAAGAGGAAUUAUGUUGGUUGUUAUUAUUAGAAAGAA